GCGGGACGGUGGGACAUGGCGGCUGUGCGGCUCAUGCUGGGGCUUGUGCUGCUGAGCGCUCAGGGCGGCUUCGGGGCAGGGAGCACGAUCUGGACUUCCGUCGAUGAUGAUGGCUCCAGAACCCGCCUCACAUGCGCCUUGAAUCACAGCGCCACCGAGAUCGUGGGCCACCGCUGGGUGAAGGGGGGCAAGGUGCUGAAGGAGGACGCGCUGCCCGGCCUGAGGACGGAGUACGACGUGGACUCGGACGACCGCUCGGGCCAGUACUCCUGCAUCUUCCUUCCAGAACAUGCGGGCCGCACCGACCUGGAAGUGAAGGGGCCCCCCAGCGUCAAGGCGGUGAAGAAGUCGGAGCACGCCACCGAGGGGGAGACUGUGGUGCUGGCCUGCAAGUCGGACUCCUUCCCGCCCGUCGCAGACUGGCAGUGGUCCAAGAUGACCGACUCUGGGGACCAGGCCAUCACUAACAGCUCCCAGCACAAGUUCUUCGUGGUCUCCUCGGAGACCAGGACAGAGCUGCAUAUCCCAGACCUGGACCUGAGCUCAGACCCCGGCAAGUACGUGUGCAACGGCACCAGCUCAGAGGGCUCUGGCCAGGCGGUCAUCACGCUGCGCGUGCGCAACCGCUUCGCCGCCCUCUGGCCCUUCCUGGGCAUCGUGGCCGAGGUGCUCGUGCUGGUCACCAUCAUCUUCAUCUACGAGAAGCGGCGGAAGCCGGACGAGGUCCUAGACGAUGAGGACGCCGGCUCUGCUCCACUGAAGAGCAGCGGGCACCACGUGAACGACAAAGACAAGAACGUUCGCCAGAGGAACUCCAGCUGAGAGAAGGUCCAGGUGGAGCCGCGGUGCCAAGCAUCCUGCCGUGAGAAGCCAGUGCUGUGGGGUCACUGCAGGUCUGAGCACGUGGCCGCCCUGGGAAGAGGGUGUCAGCUGCUCUUCUCAGAGCAGGAGCCGCUGUGAUGGGCCUCUCUCCCCACCCCACCUUCCUACUCCCCAAUAAAGUCUGACCCCUCAUA